AUGCUAAGAUUGGUGAUCCACUCCCUGCUGUGUCUUAUUCCUGAUGGACCGCGGUUCGGAAUGUACCAGCCGGUUUGUUCUUCUUGGAUAUGGAUCAACCGAUCAACAUCCAAGAGAAGUAAAGCUGCCCCACUUGGUGAUGAGUCGCUCUUCACAGUGCAGCAGGCAAAUCAAAUGGUGUCAAGGACAAUAUUGGCGAUGUUGGUGAAUUUGUGGUAUGGCGGCGACAUCCUGCUCGAGGAAUGGGUCGGCGAUCUCUACAGAAGAUUCACUCGGGAAAUGAGACAAGAAGCGGAGGAACUGCGCGAGAUCCUGGGAUAUGAGAAGCCCACGCGGGUGCCUGCCUUCAAGGCAAAGGAUGACUAUGAUGCGCAGAACGGGUAUCAGCGAUUCUACAACGAGCAAGGGCGCCUUGAUCUUGGCGACACGUGGGAUGAUGCCAG